AUGGACGCCGCCACACAGUCCCCAAUCACCGUCAUCGUCAACAGCAUCCGCGGGCAAAACAUCGCCUUCGCAACGCAAAAAGACGCGCCUCUCACUUCCAUCUACGACACACUUUACGAGCGCGCGCCAUGGAUUCAGAACUCAUCUUACAUCUUGACCACCAACUCGCGCCGCUCCGUUCGACACGACGCUGCACCAGUGUCAUCACUCCUCUCGUCGCCCGCAGACACAUUUCUAUCGCUGCGUCUGACCGUACCGCUAUGUGGUGGUAAGGGUGGUUUUGGAUCCAUUUUGCGCGCGCAAGGUGGUCGCAUGUCCUCGCGCAAGAAGAAGCAGGGCGAUGUGAAUGGAUCGUCCCGCAACUUAGACGGGCGACGCCUGCGCACAGUCACCGAAGCUAAGGUGCUCGCCGAAUACCUAGCGAUCAAGCCGGAAAUGGAGCAGCGCGAAAAGGAGGAACGACGGAAGAAGUGGGAAGACAUUAUGGCUAGUACUGAGCGAAAGCAAGAAGAGCUACAGAACAGCAGAGGGACAGCACGUCUUGACGGAAAGUGGGUUGAGGACAAAGAAGAAGCAGAGAACAAAACGAGAGAAGCUAUUGAGAAGAUGCUCAUGGCACAGAGAGACAGCUCAGAAGAAGAGGAGGACGAGGCUCAACCGACUCCCUCUUCAUCAAAGCCUGUCCAACAGCGCGCUAUGUUUGGAUGGGAUGACGAAGAUGAUGAGUUCAUGAGCGAUAGCUCAGAAGAGGACGAGGUCUCCGAGGAGGAUGUGAAGCCAGUAAUCGAAGGGAAAGGGAAGGCAAAGGCUGUCUGA